GUCUCUGUGCCCUCUAUGACACUGUCCCUCUGUCCCCAGGAGCUGCGGCUGCGGUGCCACGGGCAGGCUCUGUCCUUUGCUGCUCUGGUGGACGGUUAUUUCCGCCUGACGGCUGAUGCCCAUCACUACCUGUGCACGGAUGUGGCACCGCCCCUGAUCCAGCACAACAUCUGCCAGGUGAUGAACAGCUCCGGGCCCUACAAGAACUUCCAGAUUGAGGUGAAGAAAGGAGGAUAUUUCCUGCAUGGCUCCAACAAAUCCUUCACCUCUCUCAAGGAGCUGAUGGAGCACCUCAAGGGGCAGAUCCUGCGCACCGACAACAUCAGCUUCACCCUAAAGCGCUGCUGCCAGCCCAGACCCCGAGGUAAACCCAGCCUGGGGGGGGUUUAUUUCAGGGAAAGCAAAUUCCACCAGCAGGAGCUUUUUUUGGGGCAUUUUUAUUUUAAUUCACUGACAAACUCUCUCUCUGUCCCUCCUCAGGCGUUCUUCGAGACAGCCAGCAUGAUGAGACAGGUGAACCACAAACACAUGGUGCUGCUGCACGGAGUCUGCGUGCGCGACGUGGAAAACAUCAUGGUGGAAGAGUUUGUGGAGUUUGGGCCUCUGGAUCUGUUCAUGCACAAGAAGAGUGAAGUUCUCACCACGCCGUGGAAAUUCAAAGUGGCCAAACAGCUCGCGAGCGCCCUGAGCUACCUGGUGAGAGGCACCUUGGCCAAGGGAACACAUUGCACCCAGGAAAAAUCUGGACACUCUGUUUCCCCAGUCCUUUCCUCCUUUAUCCCGCUCAAGGACAAGACCUUGGCAGAGAAGGAGAGGUUCUACGAGGGGCACUUUGUGCUGGCCACGCCGUCCUGCAAGGAGCUGGCGGAUCUGAUGAGGCAGUGCAUGAACUACGACCCCCACCAGAGACCCUUCUUCAGGGCCAUCAUGAGGGACAUCAACAAACUGGAGGAGCAGAACCCCGAUAUUGUCUCGGAGAAGAAGCCGGUCACCGAGGUGGAUCCCACACUCUUUGAGAAAAGGUUCUUGAAAAGGAUCCGGGAUUUGGGGGAGGGCCACUUUGGGAAGGUGGAGCUGUGCAGGUACGACCCCGARGGUGACAACACCGGCGAGCAGGUGGCAGUGAAGUCCCUGAAGCCGGAGAGCGGAGGGAACCACAUCGCUGACCUCAAGAAAGAAAUUGAGAUCCUGAGGAACCUCUACCACGACAACAUCGUCAAAUACAAGGGCAUCUGCACAGAAGAUGGAGGAAGCGGGAUUAAACUCAUCAUGGAAUUCCUGCCCUCGGGGAGCCUGAAGGARUAUCUGCCACGGAACAAGAACAAGAUCAACCUCAAGCAGUUGCUCCGAUACGCCGUGCAGAUCUGCAAGGGCAUGGACUACCUGGGCUCGUGCCAGUACGUGCACCGGGACCUGGCAGCCAGGAACGUGCUGGUGGAGAGCGAGAACAGGGUGAAGAUCGGGGACUUUGGGCUGACCAAGGCCAUCGAGACGGACAAGGAGUAUUACACGGUCAAGGACGACCGCGACAGCCCCGUCUUCUGGUAUGCUCCUGAGUGUUUGCUGCAGUCCAAGUUCUACAUCGCCUCCGAUGUCUGGUCCUUCGGGGUGACGCUCUACGAGCUGCUCACCUACUGCGACUCCGAGGCCAGCCCCAUGGCGGAAUUCCUGAAGAUGAUCGGCCCCACACAGGGACAGAUGACGGUGGCGCGGCUCGUGCGGGUCCUGCAGGAUGAGAAACGGCUGCCACGGCCACAGACCUGCCCCGAGGAGAUUUAA